AAAAAAAAACAUGGACGAGCUCCCCGGCGGAGGAGGAGGAGCAGCGGGCUCCCCGAGACAGCAGCCUCCGCCGCAGCAGCAGCAGCCGCAGCCGGGGAGCAGCACACCGAUCGGAGCCGGCGGAGGAGGAGUCAUGGUGCCGCACCAGCCCGACGAGCUGCCCCGGCCGCAGCAGCAGUACACCAUCCCCGGCAUCCUGCACUACAUCCAGCACGAGUGGGCCCGCUUCGAGAUGGAGAGGGCUCACUGGGAGGUGGAGAGGGCCGAGCUCCAGGCGAGGAUAGCGUUCCUGCAGGGCGAGAGGAAAGGUCAGGAGAACCUGAAGAACGACCUGGUUAGAAGAAUAAAGAUGUUAGAAUACGCACUAAAGCAGGAAAGAGCGAAAUAUCACAAGUUAAAAUAUGGAACAGAGUUGAACCAAGGAGAGAUGAAGAUGCCAAGCUUUGAAUCAGACACCAAAGACUCAGAGGUCUCUGCUGUUCCUGCCAACAGUCAGCUCACCUGGAAACAAGGACGGCAGCUGCUCAGACAGUACCUGCAGGAAGUGGGAUACACCGACACCAUCCUGGACGUCCGCACUCAGAGGGUUCGCUCGCUGCUCGGCCUGUCGGGUUCUGAGCAGAACGGAUCUGUGGAGAACAAGAACCUGCAGCACCUGAUCAACGGAACGGAGCGCCGCAAGGACAGCAAGAGGAGUCCAGGUGACGUUCUGGAGACGUUUAACUUCCUGGAGAACGCAGAGGACAGCGACGAAGACGAGGACGAGGAGGGAGACCUGAUGGACGACAUCAGCACCGACAAACACCACCGAGCCAAGAAACACAAGACCAAGGUGGGAAACGAAGGCUUGGCCUCGGAGGACGACGCCGACACCGAAGAGGCCCUGAAGGAGUUCGACUUCCUGGUGACGGCCGAGGACGGAGAGGGAGCCGGCGAGGCUCGGAGCUCCGGAGACGGGACGGAGUGGGCGGAGCCUCUGCCGUUUCCCACCGGCGGGGGGAAGUCCUUCCUGCUGGGGGGCUCAGACGACGUGUUGGAGAGCGUGCUGGGUCUGGGCGACCUGGCCGACCUCACCGUCACCAACGACGAGGCCGACUACGGCUACGACCUGCCGUCCAAUAAGGAGUCCUCAUUCAGGAAGACCUGGAACCCCAAGUACACGCUGCGGAGUCACUUCGACGGCGUCCGAGCGCUCGCCUUCCACCCGGUCGAGCCCUGCCUGGUCACCGUGUCCGAGGACCACACGCUCAAACUGUGGAACCUCACCAAGACCGUCCCUGCCAAAAAAAGUGCCUCUUUUGAUGUGGAGCCCAUCUACACAUUCAGAGCUCAUGUUGGUCCGGUGUUGUCGUUGGCGAUGACCUCCAGCGGCGAGCAGUGCUUCAGCGGCGGCAUCGACUCAACCAUCCAGUGGUGGAACAUCCCGAGCUCCAACGUCGACCCCUACGACACCUACGAUCCCAGCGUGUUGGCGGGCUCGUGGACGGGUCACACGGACGCCGUGUGGGGAUUGGCCUACAGCGGUAUCAAGAACCGCCUCCUGUCCUGCUCGGCGGACGGAACGGUGAAGCUGUGGAACCCGACGGAGAAGAACCCCUGCAUCAGCACUUUCAACGCCAACAGAGAGCACGGCGUGCCCACGUCAGUGGACUUCAACGGCUGUGACCCCGCCCACAUGGUGGCGUCCUUCAACAGUGGCGACGUGGUGGUCUACGACCUGGAGACCUCCCAGAAUGCACUGGUGCUGAAGGGGCAGGGAGACGGCACGCUGCCGGGCUCCAACCAUAUCAACAAGGUGGUGAGUCACCCCACGCUGCCCGUCACCAUCAGCGCCCACGAGGACCGCCACAUCAAGUUCUACGACAACAAGUCAGGUAAAGUGAUCCACGCGAUGGUGGCUCACCUGGACGCAGUGACCAGUCUGGCUGUGGAUCCAAACGGCAUCUACCUAAUGUCCGGCAGUCACGACUGCUCGCUGCGUCUGUGGAACCUCGACAGCAAAACCUGCGUCCAGGAGAUCACGGCUCACCGCAAGAAGAGCGAGGAGGCCAUCUACGACGUGGCCUUCCACCCCUCCAAGGCCUACAUCGCCUCGGCCGGAGCCGACGCCCUCGCCAGGGUCUACGUUUAAUCCAGGAGCAGAAGAAGGAGGAGGAGGCCGCGGGGCGAGAGACUCAGACAGACAGAGAGAGAGAGAGAGAGAGGCCGGUCUGUUCAGGUGUGUUCAGGUGUCUGAACACGGAUUAUAUAUUAAUAUGAGAGACUGGAGGUGACGGAUCUCCAUGACGACUGAACACACACACACACACACACACACACACACACACACACGGUUUAAGUUAAGAGCUGCAGCUGUGUUUGUCCUGCGAGCGACUGAAGAGACCUGCAGGUGAGCAGCUCACCUGUGCGACACUACAGGCCCCGCCCCCUCCCCCGCUAACACUAGGUGACCCCCGACAGCAGAGAGACGAGCUCGUUAAAGGAAAAAUCCCCGAAAUCAGCAGCUUCACGUCCAAGAACCAAACUCUAAUCCACUCAGCGGCGCUUUGCAUUCUGGGUAAUCCACCAUCAGGUCUGAACGUUUAAAUCUGUGACGUUUUAGCUCAACACGUCAGAAACUCUCCGAGAUUUUAGUCUUUUAAAAAAAUCCCCCAGCACCGUUUUAGGGAUUUUUUUAUUUUUUUGACCAAGUAUUUCACAAUAAAAGUCUCCUGCAUGUUCAGUUUUAUUGUUACAUGGAGCUGCUUCAUCAGUUUGUUUUGUUCAUGUGACGGUCCCGUGAUGUUCUGACCUGCUCGUCGUCCAGGAUCACAGGUUCUGAAUCAGCGACAUGAUGAGAGAUAACAGAGAACGUUUCAGUUUGUUCAGAUGAUCACAGCCUCAGAUCUCACUGAGAGAAAACACCUGCUGAAGGGGUUGACGAGGAACGUUUAGGAGAAAUUAUCUCGGAAAGUAUUUUGGAUGUCGACCUAAAAUUUCACAGAUAUCUUUAUAGAUAUCCACGUUUUAUGCUGUGAAAGUUUCAGACAAAUCCAAGACGUCUGAGCAGAAAUAUUUGGACUCACGCGUCCACGUUUUGAUCCAGCGGUAGAACUUCUGAUGGUGGAUAAAGUCACACUCAGAUGAAGUCCAGGUAGUUAAAGUAGCACAGACAGGUGACAUGCUGAGGCCUGGUUAUCACAGCCACGUAGCCGACAGCGCCACCUUCUGACCAGACCGCUUCAUUCACUCAGAGUAACUCACAUCUUAUUCUCAGACAUUUGUUCAAACCGCUGCUUCAGAUUUACGUGAAAACACAGCGAGUCAGUGAGUCUGAGUUUAGUCUGACGGUAAAUCCAGAUCAGGGUGAUUUAACGUCAGCUAGAAAACACCUGCCUUAAAGUGGCUGAUCUCUGAAUGGACUCUGGUUGAGUGGACGUGAUCAGUGACCAAAGACCAGGACUGGUUCUGGUUCUGUUUCAUGUGGUCCUGUGGAGCUCUGAACUUCACCCGAAGGAGCUGCGAGUCAGAACAUAGAAUCGGGUUGUUAACUGAUUAAAAUGUCCGUCGGUGUUUCCCAAAGUCCGACAUGAGCCCAGAUAUGUUCAGUGUACCGUCACAGAGCACAGAAACCAGAACACAUUCACAUGUAGGAAGCUGCUGUUUAGAGACUUUUUCAUUUUAAAAACUACUCAAGCUGAUGAACAGAUCGUUAAAGUCGUUGCUGAUGAGUUCACCAGACUUUCCACUGCCAGCCCACCGUUCAACGUCUGUCACUUCUUCUGAAUCCAAACCGUUCCUCCAAUGUUUUCUGAAUGUUACUGAUCAACGUUUUAAGUUCUGCAGAACCGCGUCGGACCCGUGAGGACGUAGCUCCAGCUGCUAGACGCUGAAGUCGUGAACUAAACGGGGGUUUUUCCUUUAAGGCUCGGCAGCAGAACAUCUGAUGUUUGAACGUUUUCUUUCUGUUUCAGUUUUUAAUGAUUCAAUCUGCGCUGAAGCUUCAGCCGUCGCCAGAUUUUAACUUUUUUACCGUUUUUAAGGAUAAAUUAAGAAGAAGAGGAACACUAGCUGCUGGUUUUCUUUCUAAACGAGACGGUUUAAAGAUCAGAUCUCCUGUUUGUCUCCGAGCGCAGCUGAUUGGUUCGUGCUCCCCAACCUCAGCCCCUGGUGGGCCAAUCAGAGCCCAGCGAGCGGAGGAUCAGACGUUACUGUAGUAUUUUUGUUUGUGUAAGAUAAAUCUAGUUUUUAUAAUCCUUUUUUAUAAAUGUUCGGCACCGAGGACGAUCGUGGCUCCUCUCACCCGUCCAGUCCCGACACCCUGUGGCCCCGCCCAUCUACUUCCUGUUUCCCAUCGCAUGGUGACUCACAGAAACCGCCUCUGUCUGAUUGGUCGAACCCACGUCUGGUUCAGUUUCCAGACUUCGUGUGACGCGAGAGACGAGCUGCUGAGGAGGACGAGGAGGAGGAGGAAGGAGGUCAGACACUAAACAUGGAGCUGAUUAGCCCAAAAUAACGAGUUAUGGUUCGUUUCUGUUGAACUCUGAGCUAAAGCUGCUAGCAGACGAUGAGUUACAACAGCUUUUAUAAAAUCAUUUGUCACAGUUUAGAAAUAAAGCAGCUGUUUGAAAGCCUCAAAGUUAAACAAACACAAACGAGUGAGAAACAGCCGCUAGUAGCUUAGCAUUGACGAUGCUAAUGGAGUAUACAUUUAGUUGAAAAAAACAUCAAGUAAUAAAAUCGUCCACACAAUAAAUGUUAAACGUUGGCUCCAAUCAAUGUUGGCAUAAACAUUACCAAUAAAACAUUAAAAGAAAACAAACGUAGCCGCCAUCUUUGUUCAACGCUAAUUAUUUUUAUUUUGACGUUUAGUAGCAUUAGCAAAAACCAAAUGUAGUUUUGCCGUAAACAUUUAGCAUCAAUGAAAAUCUAACAUUAGCAUGAAAACAUCUUUUAACAUGAAAAAAAAACUAAAAAAACCUAGCAUUAAAAAGCUAACGUUAGCUUUAAUCGGUGUUAGCAUAAAACCAAAGCUAUCGUGAGAAUUUUAAAAAGUAAUUCUUGUAAUGAGGAAUUACAUUCUGGCUUAAAGACAAUCAGCUUAAAAAAAUAAACCCGAUGUUUUUUUGUUUUAACGUCACAAUAAAAGCUAACGUUAAAAUUACAGUUAGCAUAAAGAGCUCAGCUAUAAACACGGCGUUGAAACGGUCGGUGACACAAGUCCUGACUCGUUUUCUGUUAAAACUUUAAUUUGUUUGUGGAUUUGUUAGAAAUCCGACUUUUAAACUGUAAAAUCCUCCAAAGCUGCUAAAAUUUCAAUUUGGUAAUAGAAUCCAACUAAAAAGCAAAGAUGUCCGUCCUCACCAGUGUCUUCAACUGUUUCAACACAAACUUGCAGCUUUUUUUUUUUUUUUUUAAAUCAAACUCAAAGAUUGAUAAAUAAUCAGAACAUGUAACAAGAAAAUAUUGUUUAAAAGUAAAUUCAUGUGUAAAAACAAGUUUUGUCGUUAAACAGAUUCACAGAAAUCAUAAAAUAGAUUUAAAAAUGAGAUUAAAGAAAGUAAAGACAGUAAAUAAAACAUGUCCAGAAGCAGGUUAGACCAGCUGUGAACUGGUCCCAGCGGGGGUUUCCAGUAACAGACCAGUGAGCGUUUGGUUUUCCAGACAGGUUGGUGGCGCCUGAAGGCAGCACAGACUCCUCUUCCUCCUCCUCCUCCUCCUCCUCCUCGUCUCCGUCGCAGCAGAUAUAACUUAUUAAAACUCGACGGUUUUCGGUCUCUUCAGGAAACUGAGCCGUCCAAUCAGAGGCCUCCCGGAGGAGCCGGUUCGAGCGCCGCUGUCUGAUUGGCUGCGAGCGGCUCCGACUCGCGGGGAGUUCAAUGUCGUGGUGGUGGUGGUUUGUUCCGAUCACAGUUUUAUUUUUGUAACUCGGGGGUUUGAGACACGAGUUCCUCCUGAUCGAUCACAAACGGUUUUGUUUGGUUUUCUUUCACCGGCCUACGGUUUACUGUGUAACUUCUGUUUGUGUACUGCAUGAUUAAUACAAUAAAAGUAUUUUUUCUAGUCUUCCAAAAAAUGGAAAAAAAAAAGUUCUGAUCAGUUUGCGAGUUUUGAUGAGUUUUGUAAGUUUUUUUUUUCUUUUUUUUUGAUUUACAAACUAUGAACAGCAGAUUUUAAAGACUGUACCACAUAGCAGAAUACAGCUGUUGAAAUGUAUAUAAAAUGUCUAUAAUAACUAUUAAAUGGUGUACCUGUACAGAG